AUGAUCAACACCAACAAGAUAAUUCAAUACCAAAUACUCAAAAAAUCAACUCAGUUCAUGACACUAAUAAUUCGCACACUAAAGAUGCUCAAGAAACAGACGCUCAAGAACCAGGUGUUAGAGAACCGGGUGUAA